GUUGCCAAAUAAUAUGUAAUAAAAUCCGUUCAUACUGAUACUAUGAUAGUAUGAUUCUUUCGUCACUUCUUUAAUUUUAUUUCGUUUUCUUAAUUAUCCUCUACUGUCUUCACACACUCUUCCUCUCUCUUCUUGACAUAUCUCUCUGUCUCGCUGUCUCUCUAUCGGAUCAAUCGCCUCCGUCCGAUGAACUGACCAGCAUUUCAUCCAUCAGUUCAAAUGACUCCUCUUUAGGUUUCGCCUCCGGUCAAAUCUCUCUACGGUUCGUUUCUCAAUCCGGUACAAUUCAUUUCAAAUCCCUAGCUCAGAUACAAUUAAUCCUCUUUUUUUGCUUGUUGCUUAAAUGAUUUUUAAUGACUGGAUCAAACAUUUGAUUCACUCUUAUGGGUUAUUAUUCCCUGUUCACUGAUCCAUCAAAAUUUUGAAUCACCACCGCCUGGUUGUUCCACCCUAAUUAAUCAAUCGCAAUUUUUUUUAGGGUUAGGGUCUGUUGCUGUUAUUUGAAUUGACUAAUGUUGAGGAAAAUCAUGAAAGGAGGGCAUCGGAAGCCCUCUAAAUCAGACGAUAAUGAUUUCGGGUUCGGGCCACCACCGAACUCCGGGUCUGGUCCCGCAAACAAUGUGGUGGUUAACCAUUCGUCCCGGGCUGCUCCUGGCCCUCCAAGCCCACGCUAUGGGCCUACAGUCAUUACUCCGCCGCCAAUGAACACGGUGGAGCCUCUCCCUUUCUUCCGGGAUGUGCCGGUUUCUGAACGUCCGAACCUGUUCUUACGGAAACUCCAGCUAUGCUGCUUCCAUUUUGACUUUACAGAUACCUUAAAAUCGAUGCGAGAGAAGGAAAUCAAGAGGCAAACUUUAUUGGAGCUUGUGGAUUUUAUUCAAUCGGGUUCGGGAAAGAUUACUGAGAAUUGUCAAGAGGAAAUGAUAAAAAUGGUUUCAGUGAAUAUAUUCCGGUGCUUGCCUCCGCAUGAAAAUACAGGGCAAGAACCCACUGAUCCUGAAGAGGAGGAGCCUUAUUUGGAACCAUCUUGGCCUCAUUUGCAGCUUGUUUAUGAGCUUCUUUUAAGAUAUGUUGUGAUGUCCGAUACAGACACCAAGGUUGCCAAGAGGUAUGUUGAUCAUUCGUUUGUGUUGAAGUUGCUUGAUUUGUUUGAUUCUGAGGAUCCGCGAGAGAGGGAGUAUUUGAAGACUAUUCUUCAUAGGAUUUAUGGCAAGUUUAUGGUGCAUCGUCCUUUUAUUAGGAAGGCUAUAAAUAAUAUUUUCUAUCGGUUUAUCUACGAGACUGAGAGGCACAGUGGGAUUGGGGAACUGUUGGAGAUUCUAGGGAGUAUUAUAAAUGGGUUUGCGCUGCCAAUGAAAGAGGAACAUAAGUUGUUCCUUGUAAGGGCGCUUAUACCAUUGCAUAAACCAAAGCAGAUAUCUGUGUACCACCACCAGCUGUCAUAUUGCAUCAUUCAAUUUGUUGAAAAGGAUUACAAGCUGGCUGAUACGGUUAUUAGGGGUUUCUUGAAGUAUUGGCCAGUGACUAAUUGUCAAAAGGAAGUUCUCUUCCUUGGAGAACUUGAAGAAGUGCUGGAGGCAACACAGUCUGCAGAGUUUCAGCGUUGUAUGGUCCCUCUUUUCAGACAGAUUGCACGUUGCCUUACCAGCUCCCAUUUUCAGGUUGCUGAACGAGCUCUUUUUUUGUGGAAUAAUGAGCACAUAGUGGAUUUAAUUGCCCAGAAUCGAACUGUCGUAUUACCAAUUAUAUUUGAGGCGUUGGAAAAGAAUAUCCAGAGUCACUGGAACCAGGCAGUUCAUGGACUAUCUGUUAAUAUUCGGAAAAUGUUCUUAGACAUGGAUACGGAGUUAUUUGAAGUGUGUCAGAGGCAGUAUGCAGAGAAAGAGUCUAGGGCCAGAGAUGUGGAAGAGCAGCGAGAAUUGACAUGGAAGAGACUGGCUGAUGUGGCAGCACAGAGAGGGGGGGAGGAUAUGAUCACUGUUUAACUGAUUUCUCUGGGUCAGACGGUCAUGGUCCAUGCGAAAAAUGGAUGGAUGGCAGGCGAGGGAAGUGCUCGAGGAUAUUAUUCUUUUUCUAAUUUUUUUUUCUAUCUUAUUUUUUUUCAUCUCGAUCCAAUCAUUAAAAAUGUCAGAAAAAUCAGCCAUAGUUGUAAUUUAAAAUGUAUGGAAUUUGUUAGCAAUAUGCUGCGCGCAUGAAGAAUGAUUUGUGAUCA